AUGAGGAAGAAAGUUAUUGCAAAAAGGGCUCCUCGUGAGAAGAUUUACAAACCACCCACAAAGCCUUCCACUCGCUCUCAAGAUCGAACCUUUACCCCUUCUCCUUCUCCUCCUACCUCUCCUCCUCGCUGUGACCCCAUGGCUCGAACCAAAAACACUCCAAGGUUCCCUGCCUCUGCCAAACCAACUCCACCACCAAAGGCGACGCCUUCCAAACCUGCCUCUUCAAAACCUGGCUCUUCAAAGCCACCCUCAUCCAAAGGGAAGCGUCCGACGACGGAGGAACCUGUUCCUGAGCCACAACAACCCAGGGCAAGGUCAGUUCCUGUGCGUUCGCAGAGAGAGUUUUAUGCAAACAUGACUUAUCAUGAAGGCACUACUCAUUCGUAUGUCAAGGGCCGAGAUAUCAUUUUAAACAAUGAGACCAUCAGUGAAGCUUUGAAGUAUACUGAUGUUGGGCCUUGUGCAUACACGUCAGUUAAGUGGGAUGAAGGAGUUGGUGUUUCAUACAAUGAUGCCCUGGCUAGUAUUUAUGAACAUGUUUCCUUAAUAGAUGGCAUUACACCCACACACAAAGCCCUAGGAUAUGAACGUGCUCAGUUGCACCGAAUGGUCAACCACAUUAUACUUCCUCAAAGUGGAAUGAGAAAGAUAAAGUACUAUCUUAUGGCAUGUUUUUCCACUGGGAAGAAAUCCACUCUGCUAAAUGUGGUCAGGGAUGUUGCUCAAGAGUUUGUCUCCCAAUCGAACCACUUGAUUGAAUUGAGCAAAGAGAAAAGGAAGCUGGCUAGCAAGCAUGAGAACUUCCUGAAGAAAUCAAGGGAUAGGGUAGCUGUACUGAUGACCUUCAUUGAUAACCUUCAAAAUGAUGAAGAUGUUGCCACUGAUGUUGAAGAGGAUGCUGUUUCGGAGGGGAAUGGUUCUGAUGCCUAG